CACAGCACGGUGUGAGGCGUUUUUGCUGAUCAGAGAGGCAGCAAAAAUAGCGGUGGGGAAAAUAUAGCCCCAAGAAAUGAAUAUGUAAAUGUCUGAGUACACUAAAAACCCCCCUGCUUAGUCAGGGGCUUGGGCUCUGCUUUCAGUCUGGGCUUUUUUUUGUGGCUGAGGGGUAAAUGCUCAAGGCAGUGAAGGGUGAUGUGGGUACAAACCCAACAGAAACAAGGCGUGGGGGAGAUGUGUGGGGAAUCCAAGCCUUGCACUCGGUCCCAAUGGCUGGUUUUAAUUAAUAAUAUUGACCAUUCUGGACUGACUCUGGGGAGUAUCUGAGGAAUGACAUCACCUCUCCGGGUGCUGUGCUGGCCGGCUGUGACUGCUGAGGUGUGAACGCUGUGCCUGUGUCGGGGCGUGACCCUCCCCGAUAAAUAGGGCCGUUUGUGGUCCCACAGAGCAUCUGUGGGGCUGAGCUUCCCUGAGGAUGGGAGCACUGGCUGGGGUGGGGACAGGAGCCCCCCUGCUCCCAUGGCUGCUGCUGCUGCUGCUGAUGUCCCACUCUGCCCACGCAGCCAUCCUGGAGGUGAACGGGAACCUGAGCUGUAGGUGUGCCAAGACGACCUCGGAAUACAUCAGUCCCAAGAAAUACGAGAGCAUUGAGAUCAGGCCUGUGGGCAGCAGCUGCAGGCGCACGGAGAUCAUAAUUAAAUUAAGACCCUCAGGGAAGGUGUGUGUGAAUCCUGAAGCCCCCUGGGUAAAGAAGCUGCUGAAGCGCAUUGCCAGCACGAAGAAAAAAUAAGUUUCCCACUAAGGAAGUUGGUGCCCAGAGCCCCAGGCAGGCUGGUGGACGAUGCCAGGUGUGCAGACCUGGCUGCUCCUCACUUUGCCCUCCCUCUCUUCCUCCCCUUCCUGAAAGCCCCACGGCUGGCUCUGCUGGCAGUGGCUGUGGGGAGGGUGGCUCACUGCUGGCCCCAGCCCCAUGGCAGGCUUGUGCGGGUUCUACCCUGCUCCUGGUCCCUGGAUCAGUGUGAAUAUGAAUCCUUCAUUUGUUUAGUUGCCUGUGGACUGCGAAGCUGUUUCCUGGCAGGGACAGUUCCUGCUUCUUUAGGAAUGACUUUGUGACUUUUUCCAUGUGAAGUGCUCAGCGACAGUGUGUGUGUCUGAGGGUUGUGUGGCACAGCGUGGCAUGUCCUGUUCUGGAAGUCCAAUAAAAUUCAGGAUUUUUCUUUCUGUUGGAUUUUCCCCAGAUCUUCUAGCUUUGAAACCAUGUAUGACAAAGAAUCAUAGGACAGCUUGGGUUAGAAGUGACCUCAAAUCCUGUCCACUCUCGCUGGGAUUCCCCACUAUCCCAGGUUGUUUCAAGCUCUGUCCAGCCUGGUG